UACCCCCAGAAUGCCCUAUAUUUUAAGCGAAUUGAAUUACUUGCAACACUUCUUAAAAAUGAUGACAUAGUAGCAUUUUUGAAAGAGUUUAAUAACGAUUUAGCCUCCAUUCCCUAUUUUGAAAGCCAGCAUGCGGGAAAAUACGAAGGAUAUUACCAUUCACACAUCCAUAUGUUAGUUCGUUAUAUCGGACUGCCAUUUCGAAGUGAAGAUGCUACAAGUGAAGAUCGAACUGAUAUGUGGAUAAAAGCUAGGAAUUUCAUUUAUUACAUUGAGUUUAAGCGAUAUGAAGAUAAAAAUAAUAGUAAUCAAGCAAUCAUGAGCUUAAUCAAAGGGGCAAUCGAUCAAAUAUUUGAAACAAAAUAUUAUAAUAAUCAUACAGAUCCAGAAUCCUAUAACAAGAUGAGAUAUGCUAUUGGGUGUGUUUGUUCAACGGGAACUCGAAAAAUUUGUGGAGUAGGAAUUCAAAAAUUCACUUACGGAUCAAAUGGACUUGAAAAAAUGGAAUCACAAAAUUUCUUAGAUGAAUUUUCUUAUUAG